AAAAUUUUAGUCCUCUGCAAUUUCCGAUUACAGACAGUCGAUUACAACUUGUGAAACCAUGAUCACAUCAAUUAAGAUCGCUCUAAUUUUCCUCGCACUAUCUGUAUCCGGUGAAGACGAAGUGUGCACCAAACAUAAAAAUUUCAACAUUUGCAAAAUCUCUGAUACCCUGACACGAGUGACACGUGAUUACACCUUGAGCCAACGUUUCCUUUUAGAAACAUCCGAGAGCAUAACUAUCGGUCCCAAAGCCUUCAGCAAUUCGGACAUAACCGCAUUGGAUAUCAAUCUCCGUACCGAUGGUUUGUAUCAUCGAAGACCCAGCAACUCUUUGUCACUAUCACAAGACUCAUUUGCUGAGCUGCCCACAUUGACAAGUCUCUCCAUCAAAAACGCAUACAUCAACAGCACUGGAAAUUCAUUAAGUCCAUUGGGUGCGCUAGUAAGGUUGAGCUUAAUCGGUUGUGGAAUCGAGGACGUUCCAACGGAUGUGUUAAAGGACUUGCCAAAUCUGGUGGAUCUGUCGUUGAGAGAUAAUCGUCUGAUUGCCGUUCGUUCAAACGCAUUUAUCAACGUGACAAAUUUGAAGAAUCUUGACUUGAGUAGAAAUGAAAUCACUGAUCUUGAACCAGGAUGUUUCAGUGGACUGGAUAUGCUGGAGACGUUGGAGCUGUCAAUGAAUUCUUUCGCCGCCAGAUCGGGUGUCCUCAGGGGAUUGACUGGUUUGAAAAAGCUGGUCUUGUUGAACGCUUUCAAUGAUGAUGGAUUUCAACCUGUCAUACUUCAAGAUGUGCCAACGGUGACAGCUCUUCAUUUGAGUUUUAAUAAGUUGGCUUCGCUACAGACAACAAUGUUCGAUAGUGUUCCUUCAUUACGGGAACUUAGGUUGAAUGGAAACCACUUGCUGAACGUUCCGGACGGACUUUUUAGGAAGCUUAACUCGUUGGAGAAUGUCGAUUUGGAAGAGAAUGCAAUUCAAACGAUUGAAGCAGGUGCAUUCUCUGGAUUGAAUCUCACUACUUUAGAUCUGUCUCUCAAUAAUAUACAAAAAAUCCGCUCGGAAACCUUUAGGGGACUGACGAUAAAUGCUUUGAUUCUGCGGAAGAACCAAAUUGAUGAACUGGAAAGAGAAGCCUUCAACGGGUUGAGUGCUGACCAGAUUGAUCUGAGUCAGAACAGUUUGGAAAAGGUAGAUGCUGAAGACUUCUCCGGUCUUAAAGUUGAAAUAUUGGAUUUGAGUGCAAAUCGAAUUGAAGAGAUCGCUUCGGGAGCUUUUAAUUUUACUGAAAUCAAGCAACUUUUCUUGUACAUCAAUCCUGUUAAUGCUGAUGGCAGAGCUGGCUGGGGCCUUUCUGAUUCUGUUGAGGUUCUAGGGUGACUCGUCAAGUUCCUGUUUAGCUGAACAUUUUUAUUCAAUCGACGGCUUUCGUAAUAAUCUCUAUUGGAAAUGCGAUACAUAAAUGAAUACUAAAUGCAGUGGAUUAAACUUUAGGCAUUUUAUUUUUUCUACACGGAGAGAAAUAUUCACGAAAAAUUACGUGUCUUUUCCGUAAUUCUGGAACGAAAUGCGAUUGUCGGAAAUUUUACGGACCUGCCACGCAAUUUUUCCUGAAAGUUCCGGGAUUUUUGACUGAAUCGACUGUGAAAUAUUACAAUACUGUCGCUAGAAAUUUCCCCGUCGAUUCCGUGAUCAAUGAGCGGACUGUGAGCUCCGUAAUUUUUACGGAUUAUUUUUUUCAUCCCAAUUUCAACCAAUCAAAUGGUGGCGUUUCCCGUCACGUGGUACAAGUAAAACAGUUUUACUUCCAAUAUUAAUCAAAUAUUUCCCUGUUUGUUGCUAACCAAUGAAAAUAUCUGAUAAACAAUUUGUACGCGUUUCAGACCUCAAAACUUUCAUUCGAAAAUAUCAAGUUCAAAGACUUUAGCUCAACAUGAGCAGAUUUGGAGGAGAAUCCUUGGACAUUAUUGAUCAAAAAAUUUUUUAAAAUGUUCCUUAUAAUACGGUGAAGACAAAAGCCACAAUUUGGAAACAAUUCUCUGCAUUUUGUGCAGACAGAAAAUAUACGUUGGAGAAGCCACAACUACGAGUGAAAACUCAUACCAUAUGACGUGAAAUGCCACACAUUUAAUUGUUUGAAAUUGGAAUGAAAAAAAUAAUCCAGCCAAAUACCCCUCGACCUUCAAAAUUAAUCGGAUAUUUCCCCCUCCCGUUUCUCUGCGUAGCACCGAUCAGGAUAAAUUUAGCAGAAAAACCCUCGCCCUUCGCGCUCGGGAUUUUUAACCUGCAAAACUUAUCCCUCUCGUUGCUAGGCAACGAAACUCUCGGGAAAUAUCCGAUAAUUUUGAAGGUCUUGGGGUAUUACUACUGAUUAUUUUUCCCACCCAAAUUUCAGCCAAUAGAAUUGCACCAUUUGUUGAUAUUUUGUAUAGCCUACCUCGAAUAUCAGCGAUAAUUUUUUGAAUAUUUUGGUAAACAAACGACACUUAACCAAAUAAACCUCUUUUCAUGUCAUGGCACAAUUCUCUUGGCCGAAAUUUGGAUAGGAAAAAUAAUCCCCUGAAUACCACUCGAGCUUCAAAAUUAUAGAAUAUUUCCCUCUAGGUUCCCUGCAUACAAAUGAAGUCGUCAAGUUUUUCAGGAAAAAUCACUCGUGCUUCGCACUCGUGAUUUUUUAGCCUGAAAAACUUGACUCCUUCAUUUGUUUGCAACGAAUCUAUCGGGAAAUAUUCGAUAAUUUUGAACCACUUGUGGUAUUAUAUGUGAUUAUUUUUCCCACCCAAAUUUCAGCUAAUAGAAUUGCACCAUUUGUUGAUAUUUUGUAUAGCCUACCUCGAAUAUCAGCGAUAAUUUUUUGAUAAUUUUGAUAAACAAACGACACCUAACCAAAUAAACCUCUUUUCAUGUCAUGGCACAAUUCUCUUGGCCGAAAUUUGGAUAGGAAAAAUAAUCCCCUGAAUACCACUCGAGCUUCAAAAUUAUAGAAUAUUUCCCUCUAGGUUCCCUGCAUACAAAUGAAGUCGUCAAGUUUUUCAGGAAAAAUCACUCGUGCUUCGCACUCGUGAUUUUUUAGCCUGAAAAACUUGACUCCUUCAUUUGUUUGCAACGAAUCUAUCGGGAAAUAUUCGAUAAUUUUGAACCACUUGUGGUAUUAUAUGUGAAUAUCUCUCGUCGUGUAAAUUGCACACGGAAGAGCUGCCUGUAGUCUACGAUUCUCUCCCGGAAAUUGAAAACUAGUUACGAAGAUGAAAUCAAAAUUCGUCACUUAAUGAAAGAACCCUCUGUUUUUCUUUCCCUUGAAACUAUUGUUUAUGUUCAUUUUGACGUGAUCUCGGGUGACGUCGAUUCGUUUUUGAACCAUUAUUUGAAUUAUGAAAUUAAAUAAUCGUAUAAUCUCUAAA